CUCCAUAGAGACGCCCAUAUACAAACGUUGCCUGGUUCACUAACUUAUUGUUGAAGUAACGCAAGCUAACAUAAAAAAUGUCCAGUUUAAGGAAACAACCAAGACAUCUCUGAGGAAGAAAUUAGCUCAAAACCCAUACAUUGCAUCCAGAGAAGUAACCAUGAAUUUAAAUUAUUUUGUGGUUGUUCCCAACAAGCCCAAUUCAAUGAAGAUGAAAGGCAGGAAUCUGCCGGAGCUGCAUCUGGACGCUGUGCAGCUGGAUCAAGAGAGCAGGAUCAUUGAGAGCCGUCUUCAGCAGCUACGAGAAGACAUGAGCCGGGAGAAAGAGGAGAGAGAAAAGUCUGGUGGGUUUCGUUGGAAGUCGGUGAAAGCCACUUCUCAAGGUGCGACCAAGACCAAGGAGAACAGCUUUCAAAAGCUGUCUGCUGGGAAGGUGAAGAUGAGGGUCCUUAAAGGGGAGCCGGAAGCAGAGCCGGGCAGGCCGACGGGGAAGGCGCCACGCCCGCCGCCCGGGGAGCAGGCGGCCAGCAGGAAGCCCAGGCUGCGGGGGAAGCCCUGCGGUCAGUGCGAGGCCAGCGCUGCCAGGCUGAUGUGCGCGGAAUGCGGAGAGGACUACUGCGUGGGCUGCUUUGCCAGGUUCCACCAGAAGGGGGCACUGAAGAAUCACAGAAUGAUCCCGAUCCAGAUGGAGAUCCAGACCUCCAUCAGCGCAUUGGAUGUUGUGAGCCAGUUUAAGAGACAAAUUGAGCCUGAAGGGUCAGCUGUGAACAGCAAGAGGAAAGACGCUAAAUGGAGCCAGGGGGCGCUAAGGAGCAAGCCUUCAUCCACGACCCUUCCACAGACACAACUUUUGCUUGUGAAGAACGAUGGUGUGAAAGAGAGGGGAGAGGCGGAGAGCCAGCAUAGACAGAACCUGUUGUGCGGGGAGUAUGAUGAGAAGGAGUCGGAGAGAUCGUUCCAGGAGGCACUGUGGGAGUGGAGAGGGCAGGGUGGGGUUUCAGAGGUGGAGCCGGUGCCAGAGCUGGAGGUGGAGCUGGAGCCGGAGGUGGAGGUGGACCCAGAGCCAGAUGUGGGCCCAGAGGAUUUGUGGGGACUGAAAGAAACCCUGAAAGCGCCCACCGAGGUUUUCGCCGCCCAGGCCGACCUCGUCCAGAGGGGACGGCCGAUCGAGGUGGAGUUCAGGGAACACGGCCUGAGCUACAUGGAGAAGCUGCUGGUGAAGAAACACAGACGGACGCCUAUCGAGGAGUAUCGACCGCUCCCUGCCGCUGGCCCGUAUCAGGAAUCUCAGGCGGAUGCCGGCCGUGUGACGGGCGAGGAAGAACUGACAGCUGAAGAGAUGGAGAUGCAGAGGUACUGUGCGUCACUCUUCGCCACAGACGCUGCCCCCUCCACCACCGCCUCCACCUCCGCAUCCGCCUCCACGUCCAGCUUUUUCACAGGCAGCAAUCAGCAAGACAGCCCAGCUAAAUCAUGUCUCAGCAUGGUGGAGUUAGAGCAGAUGGCUGGGGACUCAGCUGUGCUGAACAGCACCUUUACAGCUGAACUGGAAACGGACAACGGGAUGAUGCCGGAAGCUGAAGGAAUAGCUAUGGAGCCAGGACACCAGGAGACCAAGAGAAGCAAAGAACCGACCGAUUACCAUCCAGUCAAUCAAUUACCAAGACCCCCCGGGUUCACUCCUUCCCCCCAGAAAUGCAGGUCCCACUUAACUCAGUCGCCUCAGGCCCCUCUUUCUCCAACCCCCCCACCUCCAUCCCCCCGCUCCUCCACAUCCCGAUCUGCCAGGGUGAUGACUACCUCACUAGAUUCCAAACCGACCUUGAGGAAGACAUCCUGGUCUGCCCCAUGCCAGAUUAGACCUCCACAGUCUGCUGUAGCCUCAAGGCAGUCAUCACCAUCCCCCCUGUCCUCCAGGCCCCAGUCGACUGGGUCUUCAGUACGCAACCCCCUGCCCUCCAGAUUCAAAUUGACUAGGCCGUCACCACCCGAAUGGCCCUCCAGGGCAAAAACAACUUCAUCACCACCAUCAACACCCUUGUCCUCCAGGUCCAUGUCCUACAGGUCCAUAUCAACUGGGUCAUUGCCACCAACUCCUCUGCCCUCUAGGGACAAAUCAGCUGAGUCACCGCUACCUGAUUUCACUUCCAGACCCAAAGCAACUGCAUCACCACCAUCAACAGCCCAGUCCUAUAGGUCCCUAUCAACUGGGUCAUCACCACCAACUCCUCUGCCCUCUAGGGACAAAUCAGCUGAGUCACCGCUACCUGAUUUCACUUCCAGACCCAAGGCAACUGUAUCACCACCAUCAAUAGCCCAGUCCUUCAGGUCCGUAUCAAAUGGGCUAUCUCUAUCAAGGGACAAGUCAUCUGAGUUGCCAUCCCCUGAACUGAAUUUCAGGAGUAAAUCACACCAUUCACCACCACUUGAAUUGACUAUCAGGGGUAAAUCACCUGGAUCGCCACCGCUUCAACAGACCUUAAAGUCCAAAUCAACUGGGUCAUCACCACCAACUCCUGUGCCCUCCAGGGACAAAUCACCAGAGUCGCCUCUGCCUGAACAGGAUUUCAGAGAUAAAUCAGCCAGUUUACCCCUACCUGAAUUGAGUUUCAGGGGUAAAUCACCUGGAUCAACCCUAGCUGAACAGGAUUUCAGGGAUGAAUCAGCUGAAUUUAGUUUCAGGGAUGAAUUGCCUGAACUAACCGUACCAGAACAGGAUUUCCGGAAUGGAUCACCCGGGUUGCCCUUACCUGAACUGAGUUGCAGGGAUAAAUCACCUGGAGGACCCCUAGCAGAACGCGAUAUCAACGAUGAAUCAGCUGAAUUGAGUCUCAGGGCUGAAUUGCCUGAAUCAACUGUACCAGAACAGGAUUUCAAGAAUGAAUCACUCAGGUUGCCCUUACCUGAACAGAGUUGCAGGGAUAAAUCACCAGGAUCAACCCUAGCAGAACGGGAUUUCAGGGAUGAAUUACCAAUAUCGCCCAUACCUGAACUGAAUUUCAGGGAUAAAUCACUUGGAACAACCCUACAUGAACCAGCUUUCAAGGAUAAAUCACUCGGGUUGCCCUUACCUGAACCGAGUUUCAGGGAUAAAUCACCCGAGUCACCACCACCCAAAUUGGCCUCAAAGUACAAAUCAACUGAGUCUCUACCACCAACCCCUCUGUCCACUAGAUCUGGGUCACCACCACCAUUUGAACAGCCCUCUAUGUCAAUUAGGUUUCUACAGUCUGCCUCCCUCUCUGAGCCUACUCAGUUUGUCCUGACUGAAACUCCUCAGCCCCCGCUGUCAGCUAAUCGUCUGAGUCCGACCCUGUCAUCUGCACCACAGUCCAGGGCUGAAUCAGCUUCCUGCAGCGAGACCCCGAGCGGCAGCCCGGAGCAGUCGCCGCGCUGGGGCGAUGAGGAUGAGGAGAUAAGUGCCAGAGCUGGUUUGGGGGCGCAGGGACACGGAGAGCAGAUGGGCCAUGUUCCUCAGCCUCCCAGAGUGCCGUUGGGGACAGACCCGGACUCCGCUUUGGGCAGCGGCCUGGACCCCGAGCCGGACAUGGGGACGUUCGACCAGCCUGUCUUCUUCUCUGACCCGUCCCUGGCCCUGCACAGCCUGGCCUAUCGCCCGGUCCAGUACACAGGUCUGGAAGGCUUCCUCACCCUGGGCUUGGACCCAGAGGCUGGCCGUGUUUCGCCCGGCCCCCUCUCCGCACACAAAUCCCAGGAGUGCGAGGACCCAGUGGAGCGCCUCGUUGGAGGCCCAGAGAGCUGGAGGCCAGGCAGCAGCCUCCGUGACUGCGCAGACGAACGUCUGGUCCUCGGCGUGCUGAGCGGCCGGCCAAUCAGCAUCUCCCCUCGUACAGCCAAGCCCCGCCUACCUGCGUCUCCUCUGCAGAGGUCCGGUUUCUCAGGGGCUGUUGAAGCCCGGCCUUGGUCAGCCAGGAACUCCCCCAGGGCUGCCCGUCCAAUCAGCGCGGGCUUGAGUGCCAGGCCCCACCCUCGGCCCCGCCCUCAGUCCAGCCCCUGGCCCAGACCCCAGUCGCGGGCCGCUAAGGAGAUUUCGGAGAUCGAGUGUGUGGACAGGAUGGAGAGUGACGACCCUCUGCUGGGGGACGAGGCGGACUGCCUGGCCCUGGCCAAUCUGGAGGAGGAGUUCAGGCUGAUGAGCAGGAGAGGCACGUGCUCGUCUGACCCAGGGGCCUCGUCUCCAGCUCAGGCGCGCGGAGGGCUGGAGGCUAGCCGCGAGAGAGCCGGCUCUAAGCGGAAGGAGUCCGCCGAAGGUCACGCGGACGAGGAGGAGGAGGAGAUUCUCAGGGACAAGCUGAACGUGGCGUUACUUCCCUGACCUGUGCACGGGAUUCUGAGAUGCCGGCCUCGCCGCGAGGUCCCUGCUGCCACUGCUGUUUCUUAAAAUCGUUUUUACCUCUUGCCCUCCAAGUUGAUUUUCUCUCUCAGAAAAAGGAGAGAAUAACUUUACAAGCGGUCUUUUUUGAUUUGUCAUAAGCAAAGUGAGGUAAAGUGAGGCAGGCUUAAGCAGUGUCAGAAGUGAGUGGCUGGGGUGAUAAAUGGAAUUUUAGUCAUUGUAUAUGUGUAUGAUGUGUAUAAGCAUCAUUUUCAUACUGAUUCCCUGAAGAAAUAAACCUAAACUAUAAAACUAUAUGAAGUUAAAAAAUCAGAGUAAAAAUGUGUGUUGUACAUGUGUUAUGAAAAUAAAUGAAAAUGAGGGAUG